AUGCCGCUAGGAGCUGACGGAUGCGUCUCUCACACCGACGGAUGUGAGAAUACAGUGAACUGUUCAAUAUUUGGUCGGAAGAAGAAACAAGCUAAAGAUAAAUACUUAGCAAAACACAACGCUGUCUUCGACCAACUCGAUGUGGUGACAUAUGAAGAAGUCGUUAAAUUACCAACGUUCCAACGGAAAACUAUAGUACUCCUGGGCGCGCACGGAGUGGGACGCCGUCACAUAAAGAACACGCUAAUUUCUCGUCACCCGGACUUGUACGCCUACCCAAUACCACAUACAACACGCCCCCCGAGAACCGACGAAGAGAACGGAAGACAUUAUUACUUCGUAUCCCACGACGAAAUGAUGGCGGACAUCGCGGCUAAUGAGUAUUUAGAAUACGGCACACACGAAGACGCAAUGUACGGCACGAAACUGGAAACAAUACGUCGAAUCCACUCGGAGCGACGCAUAGCUAUUUUGGACGUUGAGCCUCAAGCGCUUAAGAUCUUACGCACCGCGGAGUUCGCUCCUUACGUCGUGUUCAUUGCUGCACCGCCUCUCAAUAACGUUGCGGAUUACGACGGCUCGCUAGAAGUACUAGUACGCGAGUCCGAACAGUUACGUCGGACGUACGGGCACUAUUUCGACCUGUCCAUAGUGAAUAAUGACAUUGACGACACUUUGGCCCAGCUCGAAGCCGCGUUGGGUCGUUUGCGAUCCACUCCCCAAUGGGUCCCCGUCUGCUGGGUGUAUUGA